UAGACAUCAGCGCUAAAACAACAUAGUUCAACCAUAACCUAUUGUAGAUUUCACCAUGAUUACCACAGUAGAAUUAAUGAGGAUGUUACAGGCCUGCACAUGCCUGGAAGAAGUUUCCAACUUUCGUGAGGAGUACUCGGAUGACUUGGACCCUGAACAGCAUGCUUUGAUUUUUGCGAGAACAACUUAUUUUUUGAGUUUGGAACCAGAGAACAAUGAACAGAUACAUCCAGAAUUUGAUGACGAAAUUAGCGAAAAAGAUCUUUGGGAAGUGGAUAUGCCCAGCCCCACCUCUGGUCUCGCAAACGAUCACCUCCAAAAUCCUGAAGCUGAGCACGCCAAUCCUGGAGGGGCGACCCCAUCAAAUUUCAACUUAGACAUUGGCGAAAAUAUAUUUGGCUUUGGACCGUCUACUAUGCCAUCAACAAGCUACACCAGAGCUGGUCCCUCCACGAGCCACGAUGUCGCUGGACCAUCCAGUACGCCAUCGACAAGCUACACCCGAGCUGGUCCCUCCACGAACCACGAUGUCGCUGGACCUUCUAGUAUACCAUCGACAAGUUACACCAGAGUUGGCCCCUCCACGAGCCACGAUGUCGCUGGACCAUCCAGUAUGCCAUCGACGAGUUAUACCCGAACUGGCCCCUCCACGAACCAUGUCGGAGGAUCUUCAACCAGGGCAACAAAACGCCAAGCAGAAACACUCCCCUCAAGAGUGACGCCACUUCCCACGCACCGUGUAACAAAAGUGAGUGAAAGGCACGUUAAAAAGUACAAUGCCAGGGUCAUGGAUUACAAUAUCGCUUUUCAGCCUGCAGAGAAUAUGGGACCCAUGCUCGACAUGAUGCCUAGGGUCAAUGACAUGUUUGAAAAUAUCAUCGAUGAAAUGAUGGUCGGUGUAAGGGAUAGGGACUUUGUCAGACUUGUACUCAAUGCGCCACAGCUGGAUAGACCAGUGAGCCUCCCAUUCAUCCGGAGGGAUCAAAUGAAUUACCAAGUCUUUGCUUCAAAGUUAGAGUCCACGCUUCAGUCCCACGAAGAUAUUACCCUCGAUGAAAACCUCGACUUCAACGUGCUACACAUGGCUAUGCAAGAAGGGGGCAGGACUAGUAGAAGGAUUGUUUUGAAUCUCAAAGAGCGACUGCUCAGUAAAAUGAGUAUCAUUCAAAUUAAAAAUAAAGAUAACAUGUGUUGCCCAAGGGCAAUUGUGACAGGCUUCUGUCGUAUUGAGAAGCAUCCAAAUUGGGAAUCCAUCCGGAAAGGAUACAAGGAGCAACGGACCUAUGCGGAGGACAUGUACAGACAAGCCGGAAUACCCAUUAACACAAAGUGCAGCAUCGAAGAAAUUAAAAAAUUUGAGAGUACAGAGCGCAUGGCCAAGUAUCGCGUCGUCGUUGUCUCAAAGGAACAUCUAGACUUCAUCAUCUACGCAGGGCCGGAGGAGAGGGAACACACCAUCUACAUCUACUCGCACGAUGAUCACUACGACCUCAUAACCUCUAUGAGCGCAUUUUAUAACAAGUCGUAUUUCUGCGAGAACUGUUUCAAGGGCUACAAUGCCAAGAAUGAGCACACUUGUUACAAUGCUUGCAAAAUGUGCCGUAGCGUAGAGUGCCCCCCUCCUUCCGAGGAUGAAGACCAUAAACACUGCGAACGUUGCAACCGCAACUUCAAGAACCGACGCUGCUUCCAAAAUCAUCGGUCCAACAAGGUAUGCGAACGAUAUUUCCAAUGCGAACACUGUGAAACACUCUGCAACAACGCGCUGUUGAAAAAGCAGAAAAGGAAGCACAUCUGUGGACAGACGGUGUGCAAACUAUGCAGAAAGUAUGUGGAUCCUGGCCACCAAUGCUACAUCCAAUCGGAAAAUCCUUUCGCCACAAGAGCGGCCAUGAAUGAUGAAAAUGAUGAACGUGAAGGAGAUGAGAACCGUUCCCAAGACAACGACGACGACGAGAGACCAAAAAAGCACGCCAAUUUUGUAUUUUUCGACUUUGAAUGUACGCAAGAUACUGGCAAGCAUAUACCCAAUUAUUGCGUGGCACAAAGAGCUUGUGGUUAUUGCGCAGAUAUUCCAUUUGAACAAGAUUGUAAGAUUUGCGGCAAGGCAGAGAAGAAACAAUGGGUGUUUCAAGGACCCAGAACAGGCGAUGAUUUUUGUGAAUGGGUGUUCGACACAGAAGAGAACCGUGGUGCUACUUUCAUCGCUCAUAACUUUAAAAGUUACGAUGGAAUUUUCAUUCAGGAAUUUCUCUAUCGCAACUGCAUCAUCCCCCGUUUGAUCUUGGCUGGUGGUAAGAUUAUGAGCAUGACCGUGCCCAACAAUGGCAUCCGUUUCAUCGACUCCUUGAAUUUUUUACCGAUGCCUCUCUCUGCCUUGCCAGCCACCUUUGGAAUAGAAGAAGUCAAGAAGGGCUUCUUUCCACAUUUUUUUAACAUUGACGCCAACAUGGACUAUCGGGGACCCAUGCCAGAUGCCAAAUACUAUUAUCCAGAGAGUAUGUCCAGCAAGAAGAGGGAAGAGUUUCUGACAUGGUACGAUGGAGAAGUAUCGUCUGGGCGGGAGUUCAUCAUGUCGGAGGAGAUUCAUGCCUAUUGUGUCAGCGACGUCGACAUUUUGAGAAGAUGCUGUCUCCAGUUUCGGACUCUGUUUAAAGAAGUGACGAAACUGUGCGAGUUUGAUCUGGGCGUCGACCCCCUGACCAAGUGCAUCACCAUCGCCGCUGCCUGCCAUCUCGUCUUUCGGAGAAACUAUCUCCAAAAAGAUGCCAUUGCCAUCAUUCCUCCUCGUGGUUACGCCCCAGAGGACAUCCAAUCCAACAAAGCCAUUCGAUGGCUUACUCACGUGGCCGAGGAGGAACGAGUGUACAUCCGACAUGCACGCAAUGAAGGAGAGGUCAGGGUCGGAAAAUACAAGUUAGAUGGGUACUGCGAAGAAAACAAAACGGUCUACGAGUUCAACGGGUGCUAUUGGCACGGGUGCGCCAGAUGUUAUUCUUUUGACACAGACAGUGGGAGAAGAGGCGUCCAGAAAACCAUGGGAGAAUUGCAUCUCGAUACCUUGGCCAAGAAAAAGUAUGUCCAACAUAUCCUGAAAGAUUGGAAUUACAUCACCAUGUGGGAAUGCCACUGGGAUGAGGAGAUAGGAAAGACCAUCCCUCAGCACAUCAAACGGAGGCUUCCAAAUCCCAUCCCCCUGGAUCCUCGUCAAGCUUUUUACGGUGGACGUACCAAUGCGAGUUGCAUGCUGUACGAGUGCCAGGAGGGAGAACGAAUCAAGUACGUCGACUUCACUUCUCUAUACCCAAGCAUCAACAAAUAUGGCUCCUAUCCCUUGGGUCAUCCCAGAGUGAUCACCGACAACUUCGAAGAUGUGUCUGAAUACUACGGUCUCAUCAGAUGUAAGGUGUUACCUCCUCAAAACCUGUUUCAUCCCGUCUUACCCUUGAAAGUGAAUGGCAAGCUCAUGUUUCCACUGUGCCUCACCUGCGCCGAAACCAAUCAGCAAACGCCUUGUCACCAUAGCGAUGGGGAAAGGAUGCUUCGUAGUACCUGGGUCUCCCUCGAAUUGGAAAAAGCGGUCGAAAAGGGGUACAUCGUCACUGAAAUUGAAUCUGUCUGGCAUUUUUGCAAUAAAUCAAAAUUCAACGAUGAAAAGCCAUUCCUGGAGAGGUCACGGGAGGAUUUUGGUUUGUUUACAGGAUUCGUCAACACUUUUCUGAAGAUCAAACAAGAGGCAUCGGGCUGGCCUGACUGGUGUCGCACGCAGGAGGAGAAAGCAAAAUACAUUAGCGACUAUAAGAAACACGAAGGAAUUGAACUGGACCCCGAGAAGAUCGUGAAAAACAAAGGCCUACGAUCACUGGCCAAACUCAUGCUUAAUUCAUUCUGGGGGAGGUUCGGAAUGAGAAACAAUCUCCCUGAGACCAGCAUCAUCUUCGAUCCCGCACAAUUGUACGAGCUCCUGACGUCGGACGAGGUCGAAGUCAACGAUCUCAAUUUUGUCAACGAUGAUGUGGUGGAGGUACGUACUGUCAGAAGAGACGAGUUUGAAAAGGUGAGCUCCAAAGCAAACGUGGUGAUUGCUGCCUUUACAACGGCGCAAGCAAGAAUGAAAUUGUACGACGUGUUGGAUCGAUUAGGAGAACGUGUACUUUACUACGACACAGACAGUAUCUUGUACAUCGAAAGAUUACACGUGCCCGGAGAAUGGUGUCCUCCUCUCGGCGACUAUCUAGGAGAAUUGACGGAUGAAAUAGACGGCAAGCACAUCACAUCCUUCGUCUCAGGAGGCCCAAAGAACUACGCGUACAAGCUCAACACUGGCGAAACAACCUGCAAAGUGAAGGGCAUCACACUAAACUACAAGAACUCCCAAGUGAUCAACUUUGAGACCAUGAAACGCAUGGUAAGGCGAGUAGAAGACGAUGAGCAGGAAAAAGUCACGGUCACCAAUCCCUAUCAGAUCACUCGAGUCCACAAAAGGCAGCGUAUCGAAACUCGAGUGGCUAGCAAGGACUACAGAAUCGUGUACAACAAGAGAGUGGUCCGAGAUGACUUCUUUACAGUUCCUUUUGGGUACAUGACUGCAAAUUGAUCAUCACCCCCCCCCCCCACCCCCUCCAAUUACAAUUCCAUUUAAUGAAACGUACAUUUUACUCAAGCGUCAGUCGUUUGAAAACUGUGAAACAAGAAGCAUGCUAACUUCUCCGGCUCUGCGUUUGACGCUAUCUGCAUUGCAGCAGAGACCUAAAA